AAGAUUCUGCACCGGAUCCCCGCCACCGUCCACUUGAUCAAUCAUCAAUCCCUUUUUCGCAUUCACUGAGCGCAUUCCUCCGAAAACUAUAGAUUUCUAGAAGACUAUUCAACAAUACAACCACGAUGACCGUUACAAAGACUACACCCGCUGGACGGCAAGUCAAUGUCCUCUUCGUUUGCCUCGGCAACAUCUGUCGUUCUCCCAUGGCAGAAGGUGUCUUUCGCAACGUAGCAUCCUCACACCCUCUAAUCAACGAAAUCGACUCGGCCGGCACAGGUGCCUACCACGCCGGCGAAUCCCCUGAUUCCCGCACCAUGGCCACGCUCCGCCGCCACAACGUCACCAACUACCAGCAUGCCGCCCGCAAAGUCACCAAGCAGGACUUCCUCGAUUUUGACUAUCUUCUUGCGAUGGACAAAUAUAACUUGCGCGAUCUGUUGGAUGUUCGCGAGUCCGUUCUGGCAUCUAUGAACAAGUCUGCGCCCGCGUCGCGCGGCACGAAGGGUACUAGAGCAGCGUCUGCGGCAUCCCUUGCGGCAAGCGGGGAGACAGGUGCCAAGGUUGCAGAAGUGCGUCUGUUUGGUGACUUCGGUGCCGGCGGUGUCCUGCAUGAGCGAGUUGGAGGUGGCGAGGUGGUCCAGGAUCCCUACUAUGGCGGUGCCAAUGGUUUCGAGGAGGUGUACCAGCAGGUGGUGCGCUUUACUAAGAGCUUCUUGGAUUAUCUGGAGAACAAUCAGGGCUCUGAGUCGGAAAACUAGAGAGUGGCCAUAUAAAUUGGCUUUUAUAGAGCGCGCCUUUUGAUAGAGGUAUUCAGGCGCGUCUGGUUGUAGAUACCCAGCAGUUUUGUGCCAUUAUAGACUCAGGCAGCGGAUCAGAUACGUCUCAAUUCGAGGGUGAAACUCUUUAUGAAACG